CACCUGACUGUUUACGUAGGAAUUCCUUCAGCAGGUGCUUCCAGCCUCUGUGACUCUCACCAAGCAGUCAGAAAAAAGACAGACAGGCAGCAAAGCAUGAGUUCCACCGGCUCGAGGGGCACCUCUGUAAAAUCCAACAUGGGCAGCCCUCAAAGUGCUUCGUCAGUCAUCAGUCUGAACAUCGGGGGUCACAUUUACUCCACUAUGCUUGGAACUCUGCUGAAGUAUCCGAGGUCUAGGCUGGCUGAGAUGUUCAGCGGUCAGUCCAGACCAAAGUUGGACUUGGAAGGGAGAUAUUUCAUUGACCGGGACGGGACCUACUUCAAGCACGUGCUGGAGUUCCUCAGGGGGCAUGAGCCGCCCCCCAGUCUCGCUGAGGAGGUCUACCAGGAGGCUAUGUACUACGGCAUCGAGCCCCUGGCCAAGCUGCUGGAGGAUUCACCCAAGCUCUUUGGCGAGAUGGUGGGCCGGAGGCAAUUCCUGGCCAGGGUGCCAAAUUAUCAGGAGAACAUUGAGGUGAUGGUGCGAGUGGCCAGGGCAGAGGCUGUGGCCUGUCGCCAGUCCGUUGUGAUGGUGUGCGUGGUCAGAAAUGAGGAGGAUGCGGCCAAAUGCCAUGAGGUGGUGAAUGGCCUGGACACAGACAAGGAGUCGGUAGUGAGGUUUGGACCUUGGAAAGCAUCACCUUCCAUCCUUGACCUGCUGUAUUGUAUCAAACUGGACAUUGAAAGCAAAGGCUACAGCACCUCCUACCGGCCUCAUGAGAUAGGAAAAGGCUUCCUCAUGCGACCUUGUGAAUUCCUCUUCAAAUUUACAUUUACCUGGUGGUAAAAUGCAAUGCAAUAGGCAUUUCCCUCCACCUAGUGUCGGUACCUGCAAGACAUGAGACAUUUGGAGCAUCUUGCAUCCAUUUUACUGGGCACCAGUGGAGUUUGUGUGAAGUGAGGGUGUUGCAAUCUAGCCAGAUGACAAUCAUAGAACGAUAAGGCACAGAAGGAGGCCAUUCAGCCCAUUGUGCUCCUGCCAGCUCUUUGAAAGAGCUAUCCAAUUAAUUUGACUGCCCCACUCUUUCCUCUUAGCCCUGAAAAUUUCUCCUUUUUGAAUAUUUAUCCGAUUCCCAUUUGUAAGUCACGAUUGAAUCUGCUUCCACCGUCCGUACAGGGAACGCAUUCCAAAUCAGAACAGUUACAAAAAGUCUCUUAUCUCUCCCUUCGGUGGUUCUUCCAACUAUCUUAAAUCUGUGUCCUCUGGUUAGAGGAAACAGGUCAGCACGUGCCUCCCAACCAAUUAUAUCGCACACCAGCUAGCAACAGAUCUAAAGAUCUUUCUUUUUAAAUUGUGAUGUUGUUGGACUAUCAGAUGGGCCUUCUUUUGCUUUAAGCUCAUGGUGUAAUUAAAAGGAACUUCAAACAAAGUCUCCCAGAAGGACAAGACAACUCAGGGCAAGGGGAGGCCAUUCAGCCCAUCGAGCUAGCUCCUUCUGUCUGACCAGUCUCCAGGUCCAUUUAUUUAAUUCUCUGUGGGGAAGACCUGCAAAAUGUCUUCGUGUUUAAAACCCUUCUACCUCCCUCAACCCACCAGGAAGCCUCCGCAGAUAUCUGCUUAGUCAUACGAGCACUCGGGGUAUUUCAUUGUUUCAGUGCAGCAUAGGUUCACCAGACUGAUCCCUGGGAUGGCAGUAUUGUCUUAUGAGGAGAGAUUGAGGAGACUAAUUCUGUAUUCCCUAGAGUUUAGAAGAAUGAGGGGUGCUCUCCUUGAAGCAGACAAAAUUCUCAAGGGGCUCGACAGGACAGAUGCAGCAAGGGUCUUUCCCCUGGCUGGUGGUGUUCUAGAACCUGGGGGGGAAACAGUCUCAAAACAAGAGGUAGGCUAUUUAGAACUGAGAUGAGGAGAAAUUUCUUCAGUCAGAAGUUCUUUGGAAUCCUCUAACCCAGGGGGCUGUGGAGGCUCAGUCAUUGAGUAGAGAGUUAGAGUCAUAGAAUUAUACAGCACAGAA